AUGCGGUUUAUACUAGGUCGGAUUCCGUCCAUUCCCUCUCGUCAACUACUACUACAACAACAACAACAACAACAAUGGGGGAGUAGUCGCCUCGAGUCCGGCUUCCCUGCUGCGCCGUCAAUACGACUUUCUACGAUACCAGCGGGCCACCCAGGGCGGCGACAGUUCCAGACCGCAGCGCCGCCGCGGGCGCACUACAACACGAGCACGAGGGCUGGGGUGCUUGCUGUCCCGACGGCGGGGCAACCCCGGUGGUUCAGCAGCAUCGACGCUCGUCUACAAGAGUCCAAAGGUCCGAAGCAAGAACUCGAGCGGUUGGAGAUCAAGGAUGCGAAGCCGGAGGAGGACGAGGAAGGCGUCUGUUCGUCCAAGGCCCAGAAGGGUGGUGAGGACAAACUUGGGCAGGCGAUGACAAAGGGGAAACUGUUGACCACGCCGUCAAGAUUGUUCAAGCUGCUUCUUCCGUUGUCGACCAAAUACCACCACAUCGAACCAAUCGCCUUUCUCAUCCACCCUCAGCAACCUCUUUCGCACCUGGAACGCCUCAUCCAAGCCGAGAUCCCGCCCAUCAAGACAAAGGACGGACAAGCUCGCGCCCCGUCCGUCUCCUUCAUCGCGCUCCAGCUCGAGGACAACCCCAUCCGGCCGCGGAAAGCCCUCUACGAGGGGACCGAGGCAGAGGUGCGCAAGUUGGAGGAACUCGGGCAGGUCAAAGAGGAGAAGAAGAAGCCCUCGGACGACGACACCUACACGUACCUGCGCCGCAGCGAGCCCGGCGGCGGCAAGAAGUCCAUGGAGCAUCGCUUCGUGCGGUGGUCGCAGUCCACCGAGGUGGGCGACUUCAUCCGCGACGCCGCGCGCGCGCGGGAGUUCGUCGUCUCGGUCGAGGGCGCGCCGGCGGGCCAGCACCAGAUCCACGUGGCGGUGCCCUCGUUCAACGAGCGCACGCAUUUCCUGCGCAUGCGGCUGCGGAAGAUCUCCGGCCGGAUCAAGAACAUCGCGGACAUCAAGCAUGAAUGUGAUGCCUUGGCGCACCGCGGGGCCCAGCGCGUGGCCAUGGGCGGCUUCGGCGUGCUGGCGUCCUGGUGGUGCCUGGUGUACAAACUCACCUUCGAGACCGACCUGGGCUGGGACACGAUGGAGCCCGUCACCUACCUGGUCAGUUUGUCCACGCUGAUGGGUGGUUAUCUGUGGUUCCUCUACCACAACCGGGAAAUCUCGUACCGGUCUGCCCUCGACUUCACCAUCAAUGCGCGCCAGAAGAAGCUCUACGAGAGGAAAGGGGUGGAUUUGCGAUUGUGGGAGUCGCUGAUCGAUGAGGGCAAUUCGCUCCGCAAGGAGAUCAAGUCGAUUGCGGCCGAGUACGACGAGGACUGGGACGAGCUGAAGGAUGAGCGUGACCAGCGCGUGACAGAAGCUUUGAAGCAGGAGCGCGCUCAGAAGAACGGCUCUCGACAGAACGACAAUGAUACAGACGAUUAA